GUUGGUUUUCAAUUUGACCGCUUGGGAGAGGUGAACGGUGAGAGUGAGAGAAUCACAGAGAAAUAGGGAGAGAGAAAAGAGGAGAGGAAACUAGUAGCAAGAGCUGCGGUGGAAGAGACUGAUCAGAGAUAGUCGCGGAAAGGAAGGAGAGAUCAACAGAGGCUCUCUUUCUCGGUUGGAAGAGCCAGAGAGGUUUAACGAGAGAGAAGGUGGAUUUGAGGAUUUAUGUCGGCUAGUUUUGAUCUGUUGAUUGGAGCUCCGAAGCAGCUCUGGCUUUUAUCUUCUUCUCAAUCUUUUUUCUACUCAGGAUUUCUCUGCGUUUUCUAUUACUUCUGCCGUUGCUGCCUUCCUUGUAUGCGAUUUUGUUUCCACAAGCAGAGGACACAAAAGGGGUUUCAAAAGCUUUCGAUGCGUUUGAGAUCCAAACGGAUUGGUUUUGGAAUCGAAUGCUUUGGGGGUUUUCAUAUAAAGCGAUUUUUAUUUAUCUUCUUGUUCUUCAGAGGGGCUCUUACUUGACAAUCGUGCUCUGAGAAAAAUUUUCCUUCUCUGUGAUUCUUUAUUUUCAUACCCUUUUUUCCUUUUUUUUUUUUUUUUUUUUAACGUUCAAAGAGAGGUUUCUAAAAAUGCCGGGGCCUCAGAGGCAACUCCUGAAUCAAGAUAAGGUGUUCAGGCAAGGGAGGAAGAAAUCAGUCCCUUCGGAAAGGCCUGAGAUAGAAAACAAAAUGGCCAGAAAGAUCCGUAUUAUCUGCUACGAUCCUGAUGCGACGGAUUGUUCUUCGAGUGAGGAUGAAACGACGAUGGGUUCUGAUAGAAGGAAUCGUAUAUCGGGGCAUAAGCGCCUGGUUCAAGAGAUUCGUGUUCCGAUUUCGCCCUGUGCUUCAUCUGUUCAAGAUAUUGAUAGUUCUUCACAAGAUAGUAACUAUGGUGGCAAAAACCCUAGUAGCAGAGUGGUCAAAAACCCUAACAGAAGGGUUUUGACGAGGAACCCCAGAUCCACCUCUAAGUACAGAGGGGUUCGACAGAGGAGAUGGGGCAAAUGGGCUGCUGAGAUUCGUGACCCUAUUCGAGGAGUCCGAGUCUGGUUGGGCACUUAUGAUACUGCAGAGGAAGCUGCGAAGGCUUAUGAAGCUGCUUCAAAGAGGCUUGAGUUAGAGAGUAUUAGUCUCUCACAGAAGAGUAACGACAAUAGUUCAGUUUCACAGAAAACUGAGAAGAGCAAUAACGUUUCUUCUUCUUCCGCAGUUGGUUCUUUGUCUCAGUCUCAACAUCAGCCCUGCAUCUCUGAAGAGACUGAGAGUCUGUUCUCUCAUUCAUCUCCAUAUUCUGUUCUUGAUAUCUCUACCUCUGCUUCACAUGUGGUGGACUGUCCAAGCAGCACAACUAAGGAAGAUGAUUCUAGCUCCAAAAUAGUUAUGGAGCCACUCCUUCAUCAUCAGCUGCAGCAGGAGAGACAAGGACCAAUUCUGAAGGAUUCAUUGCCACCCAUAACAGGGCAAGAGAAUGACCUUGAUUUUGAUUCAUUUCUCAUGAAGGAUUUUGGGCAAGCGUUUGGUGAUCUGGAUAACUUUGCUGAUUACCCAUUGUUUUGCUUUGAAGAUGGAGCUUCAGAAAAUCUUCCAGACGUUGACUUCGAUCUUGACCCUGAGGCACUUGCUUGGAUCGAUGAAACACUGAAUAUAACCUGCCCUUGAGAAUUUUCUGCCAAUAUAAGUUUUGCAGGUAUAGGAUUUUAGUAACUAUUAUAUUUAAUAGAAAUAGCUUUUACUCUGUUUAUUGUUCUUGAAGUUCCGGUAUGUGAACAAGUCUCAAGAACAUGAAGUGAAGUUCUUGAGAUAGUGGUUUUGUGAUUUGAGGUUUUUGUCAUUUGUUCAAGGCAGAUAUGAGUUUUUAGCAGGGGAGGAGAGUUUCUUUGGGUUUUCUUGUGCUAUUUGAGCCGUCCAAGGUUCAACUCUCAUCAAUAAAUUAUAUUAUACAUCUUA